GCGCUUCAUGCAGAAGUAACAGUUAAUCGUGUUUUUGAAAAGUGUUUUUUCGUUGCAAAUUUUGCAACAGAUUCUAUGCUUGCAGGGGCAGAGUUUCGGGGCAACAAAUGGUGGAGUUGAGUUCCAACUUCUAUCUUUUUGGAACAAGCUGAUGAGAGAACAGAUACAUGCUGAUAAGUUGCUCUUACGGGAUUCUUGUUUCCCAUUGGUGAGGAUGCUGAGUCUGUCUUCUUCGUCCCCUCGAAGUGAAAGAAUCUGCUGAUCGGUCAUUUUGCCGAGGAUGAGCAUCGCAUCUUUGAGGAGAAGAUAAGCAGGCUGAUGCAGGAGGAUGCUAAGUUUGGAGGCCCUGUUGUUAGUAGGAGAUUCAAUUGGCCAAGGAGGCCUGUUGUCCAGAACAAGGUGAGCGAAGAUGGUAAGGAGGACGAUGCACAUAUGAAGGAUGUUGAGGUUAUGAGGGGUAAGGGUCAGAAGAAAAUCGAUGUGGACCCCAAAAAGAGUGAUAAGGAGACUGAAGAUGAUGACAAUAACAAUCAUUCUGAGGACAGUGAUAACGGUCCUAGGGAGGGUAAAAUGGCUGCUCAGGACAGUGGAAAGAAUGUUGCGUCUGACGAUGACAGAAGCUCUGUAUCUAGCUCAGAAGGUGAUGAUCUACCAGACGUUUCUAUGGCUAAUAAAAAAGUUGGUGAUUCAAGUGAUGAUCAAGGAUUGUCGCCCAUUGCAACGGGAGCCGCCCGUGUCACAGGAGUUGGUUGUCUACGAGGCCCCGAAUCGUUUUCUAGAUGAGUUGAGAGAGAAGGUUUAUCUAUACUAUGUUACCACAGAUGAUGGUUCGUCAGUCAUGAUGCUUGAACAUUCUAAGGUGAUUGCGAUUGGGUUUGACCACCACUUGGCUCGGACAGAUACCACAAGUGCAAAACUUGGACUUUGGAUAAGCAAUCAUCUUAUGCAUUUUGUCAUUGAGUUUCUUAAUGCCGAAGGUGCGGACGAUCAAUUGGAAGAAUGUGUUUGCCUCAGCCCAUACAUGAUGCUUAUGCAUUUUGUCAUUGAGUUUCUUAAUGCCGAAGGUGCGGACGAUCAAUUGGAAGAAUGUGUUUGCCUCAGCCCAUACAUGAUGUUGUCUGAUCUUAGACAUUAUUAGUCAGGGAAGUACUGACCGCUUCAGGGACUGAAAGACCAUUCUUACUUCAGGCACAUUCGGAUAGCGAACAAAAAUCUGAUUAUGGGACCCUUUUUGUGGAACGAGCAUUGGUGGGCUUAUGCACUUGAUCGCAAGAAUAAAAUAGUCUACGUGCUUGACUCCAUACGCCGAAGGUGCCUGACUUUUUAAAGGAAGCAACUAGACUCCCUGGUGGAACAGAUCUCUUUGGUAGACCCUGGCCACGUUCCUAUCGAUUCUGGAUUUCACUGCAUUUAUACCCCUGUACCAAGGCAACACAACAGGUGAUCCAAUACAUUUUGUCGCACAUGUUUUUUGUAGGUAGUUUGUAUAAUCUGACCAUUUUUGGUGGUACAAAGAGGAGGCCUAGAUGAUGCUUACCCUUGUGUACUUAUUAUUCAGUGAUGACUGCAGAGCUUUUGUGUACAAGUACCUUCAGCACUGGUCGCCUGAAACCUUAUUGCUGGGUUACAACUAGGUUAGGACACCGUCGUUUUGUUGAGCUUCAUCAUUAUUAGAACUGUUGUUGAUGUCGAAUUUUGGUGACGAACCUCAAACUCAACUACAACGUUGUGCUUUUUUAAGUUUUCAUCUCCCAUUUUUCCAAGAGCAAGUUCUGACUUUCCAAAAAGAUCUCCUCCUAUCCUACCGUCUGAGUGGGUUGAACACUAGCCAGGAUGUACUCCUUGGGCAUGUGGAGGAGUACUUUCAUGUGGCCUAUUCAAAAGGAAUAUUCAUUUAAGUCCCCCUUAAAGUGCAUGUCAACCAGUUGGGGAUAGCCGCCUACAUAAAGAAUAGGGCGAGACAAAGUAACAUCAGACGGAAGUUAGAUCCCAACUCGCUGAGUUUGGUGUCUUCGACUAAGGAAAAACCCCCUCCCAGGAGGUAUAAGCAAAGUUGUUUCAUCUUGUGCUCUCUGCUAUACUCGCAGUGUUAUGAUGAUAGAGUCACCAUGUAUAGUAACAUUGUCUUUUGAAUAUUUCAUGAACUUCGAUGCUAGUUACAGUGUAUUUAGUCAACGUAUAUAUCACGAACCCUUUUUGUUUGAUCAGUGUCAUCCAUGACGAGGCACAAGAGAUCUAGUCUGUUUGAAUUGUGUUAGAUUGAAAUCGAACAAGUUGGAAAAUAUCCUGUAAAACUGGAACAAUUCAUUUAACAUUUUGAUAAAUAUACCGCUAGUUUGACUUCA